AAUCACAAAGAUAAACUGGGUCGUUCGUCGCAACAUCUCAACUAUAGCUGAAUUAAUCUGCAGAUAUUAUGUUGUGGGCCUAUGUUUACCAUUCAGGACACAAUCCUUUGCUUUAUAUCAUAAUGCUGUCUCCGUCUUUCAGCCUCACUUCCUCGCUAACAUAUUAGGAAACACGCAGUGUUGUUUUGGGUAGAGGUGGGAGGAGUGGCGUAAUCAUAACAGCAGAUCUACAAACGCUGUGGUUGGACCCUGCUCAUAUGACCAGUCAGGGGACACUGUUUUCAGAUCUGCGCAGUGCUUGUUUUAGCUCUCCUACCCGUCCUUCCAAAACGUUUUCACCUCGAUCGACCUCCCAGCUCACUUGUCCUCUACAUGGACUACGUCUUUCAAACCUCUCAACCAGCCGUGGCGUUGACAUGGACGAGCCCGUCUUAUAGCUGCAUGCUCAGUCGUGCUGUCAGGGUCUUCGUAUGGCCGGAGCUUGCUGCAAAUGUCCAGUCACUCUGUCCGUGCUCAGGCGUUCUCUCUCGGUUGCUCCGCGGGGCUCAGGAUCAGCUCCUCCUCGGUCCCUCCUCUUGGGCUGGAGACUGGGGGAGCGGGGCCUGCAGGAGGCCGCCAGACCCUCCAGUGCUUUCAGACCUGCAGGGGUUUACCGACACACGGCUUUUCUCUGUGUCUCUUCCCAGGAGUCCAUGAGCGAGAGUCUGCGGACCUGCUACCUGUAUCUGAACCAGACAAGCCGGAGUUUUGCAGCAGUGAUUCAGGCUCUGGACGGGGAGUUAAGACAUGCAGUUUGUAUUUUCUACCUGGUGCUGCGAGCGCUGGACACAGUUGAGGAUGACAUGAGUAUCCCUCUGGACAAGAAGGUUCCCAUGCUGAAUGAUUUCCACACCUACCUGUACCAGGAUGAGUGGUGCUUCACAGAGAGCCAGGAGAAAGACCGGCAGGUUCUGGAGGAUUUCCCUACGAUAUCACUGGAAUUCAGAAACCUCGCGCAGGUGUACAGAGACGUCAUCACAGAUAUCUGCCACCGCAUGGGAGUGGGAAUGGCUGAAUUCCUGGAGAAGAAAGUGGGAUCCAUGAAGGAGUGGGACCUGUACUGCCACUACGUCGCUGGGCUGGUUGGCAUCGGCCUGUCUAAGCUGUUUUCUGCGUCCCAGCUGGAAGACCCUGAGGUGGGGCGGGACACCGAGCUUGCCAACUCCAUGGGCUUGUUCCUCCAGAAGACAAAUAUCAUCAGAGACUAUCUGGAGGACACACAGCAGGGACGUGCCUUCUGGCCACAAGAGGCUUGGAGUCAGUUUGCAGGUCAUCUGGAGGACUUGGCCCAGCCCGAGAAGCUGGACUCUGCUCUCUCCUGUCUCAACCUGCUCGUCACUGAUGCUCUGCGACACGUCCCAGACGUCAUCGCAUAUCUGUCCCGCCUACGUAACCAGAGCGUCUUCAAUUUCUGUGCCAUUCCACAGGUGAUGGCAAUAGCUACACUUUCAACAUGCUACAACAACCCCAUGGUGUUUCAGGGAGUGGUGAAGAUCAGAAAGGGACAGGCGGUCACACUCAUGAUGGAAGCCACCAACAUGAGAGCAGUGCAGACCAUCAUCGCCCAGCACAGCAAGGAGAUUUUACAGAAGGUCUCCCUCACUGACCCAUCUCGGGAAAAAACCCUUCACAUCCUGGCUCUGAUCCAAGAGAAGUCUGCCCUCUCCCAGUCCAGUCUCCCCACCAGGACCCCCCACCUGUCGCCCAUGUACCUAUCCGCCGCCAUGCUGCUUGCCGCCCUCAGCUGGCAGUACCUCAGCACUACAGCAGCACAGGCACAGGGCACUGGAGACAUGCAGGGACAGUGAAACCAGUUAUCCCUACUUUUCCCUGGGGGCCACAGACUCAGAAAGCCCCCUUAACUCACUGUGGAGGUCAAGUUCUCCAACUGGAGGAAUCAGGGUCACCUUUUAUCGCUUCUCCCUCAUUACUAUGGCCGUCAUAAGACCAUGGACAUAGACUAUGAAGGUUCUGGUAGAGGGGUUGUUAUAUAUCAAACCAUCUUGCAUCUGGAUAAAUUAUUUACAUAUUCACCAGCAUAAAAGGCACACUGAAGCAUUCAAGGUGUUUUGUUGUGUGAUGUUACUGUUUUUUUUGUUUGUUUGAUUUUUUAAAGUUUUGAUCUGUUAAAUUGAGUGGUGAUAUUUUGCAUAUCUAAAAAUGUCAAGACAACAGAGGAACGAUAGUUUUCUACACUGAGUGUGCUCAAACUGUCAGAUGCUGAGUACUUAACACUGCCCUUUAUUUUUCUUAAGAACACAAUCACCAAACUUUAAUUUGUGGUGAAUUUUGUGUCAAAAAACUAGUUCUCAUGUUUGUUUGUCAAAUCUAUCCUAGCUCUGUCUUCUGUUUCUGAUGUUUCUACUGUCACAAAACAGUUACAUGAGUCCACUUUACAGUAUCUGCACUGUAUGUAAGGAUAUACAACAGUACCUACUUUCACUAGGAGCUUUAUUUCAACACUUUGAUGUCUUUGUUCUUUCUGUUUCUACACUUUGUCUUUGAAAGUAGCAGAAAACAAAAAAAAAGAACCAUGCAAUUCAGAGGUAGUUUUGGACGUCAUUUCUUUGAAUGAAUUAUGGAGAACAAAUGUAAUUUCUGAUACAUUUGAAACCGCUCAUAAAGACUGCUAGCUAAAGGGUCCUUAACAGAGCUUUGGGGAGUAGAAAGGCUAGCACAGAGUAACCUUGUACAGAACCAAAGGAGAGCUACGAACAUUGCUAUGUAAUGUGAAAUUUUGAUUUGUACAUAUUUGAACAAAUAAAGAGAUAAUAACUAAAAA